GGCCCUAGAUAAGCAUAUUGUUCUAUUAUCACUCUCUUACAGCAAGGCAACUGCCAUACGAUCAUUACGAGUUUUCUCUAUUUUCAAUUAAUGCCACUUGUUGACCUAUCGCAACCAUGAAGUUCACUCAGACAGCAGCCCUCGCCGUCCUCUUGGCAACCGUUUCAGCAAAGGCUAUCCCCGCCCAACCCAAGUCCGCAGCCAAGAAGCCGGUCGAUACCACGAGCCUCCAUUUCUACAAUGGCACAUGUACUCCUCAAAACAUCCGUGUUCGUAAAGAAUGGCGAAACAUGACCCCGAGCGAAAAGACGGCUUAUCUCAAGGCCGAGCAAUGCUUGUUCAACCUCCCUGCCGCUACCACUCUAUCCGGUGUCACAAGUCGUUUCAGUGAUCUUCAGUCUCUUCAUCGUGAUAAGACAAACCAAACUAUCGAUGGACUAUAUGUUCAAGAUAUCAUCCACAACGUUGGCCAAUUCCUUCCAUGGCACAGAUACUACAUGCAUACCCAUGAGACUCUCCUCCGCACCGAGUGCGGUUACACAGGUCCUAUGAGCUGGUGGGAUGAAGCCAAAGAUGCCGAUGCCGGCGACUUUUUCCAAUCUGACAUGUGGACUGCCGAAUACUUCGGUUCAACCAACUUGGAUGAAAACGCAUGUGUUAUUGAUGGUGCUUUUGCCAACACCACCGAACACAUCGGUCCACUACUCGAAAACACCGAUUACUGCUUCUACCGAGCAUUCGACCUUACACAAGUUCAAUACUGCACCUCGGAGAAGGUGGCGGAAUGCACCCAGUACAACGAUUACUACAAUUUCUUCAACUGCAUGGUUAUCUACCCCACCAGUCCUCACGUCGCUGGACAUGCUGCUGUCGGUGGAAUGAUGGCCGAUAUCGAUUGUUCUGCCGGCGAUCCAGCUUUCUUCAUGCACCACAACUAUGUGGAUCGUAUGUGGUGGCAAUGGCAACAGGCGAAUGCUACAUCCCGCAUGUUCGACAUUAGCGGAAACAGUUUGAACGAGACUUACCUCGCCGAGCAAGGCGAUGUGGCUCCUGCUGCUGGCUGGCCUCAAACGACUCUCAACUACACUCUCACUACUCACGACAUCCUUCCAGAUAUUCAAAUCUACGAUGUUGUUAACAUUCAAGGUGGAUAUCUCUGCUAUGAGUAUGAUUACUAGCGAGUUGUGAUUUGACGAGCGAGUGGAAACAAAAAGAGUGGCGAAUAAAACGAUAAUAGAGUAAUGGGUGGAAAAGAGCUGCAAUUCAAUGUAUAUAUAAUUUAGGCAAGAAACUUGCACAUAGAUAAUAGAAACGAGACACCAUCUCAACCUUCCAACACUUUUUCUACACCCGGAGGCCCGAAACUUUUUCUCAUCAGGGAAUUUUUUGGUGCCGUUUACGGAUUUCAUGUCGUCGCGUCGAGCUUCUAUAAAUAGCUUAGCUUCGCUCAUGAUUUUGAAACACGUGAUCACCCA